AUGCACCGUGCUCGCACGGUUGCUCUGACCUCCGAUGAGAUGGUCGAAGUACGAGCCGCGCAACGGACCUUCGAAGGCGCUUAUGUCCGCACAGCACUAUCUCAGUUCUCCUUCGCCCUGGUCGUCCUGAAAAUCUUCACCAGCGAAUUUUAUAGCACUGGCGCUCUCUUUGCCGUUUACGGGACUGGCGUGCUCAUCAUCGGUCUUUUCCGUCGUCAACAAGGCAACCGCCAGUUCUUCGACGUGGUGGGAGAGGACGGGGUUCGGCAUCAUAAAUUCAAAACAAGUGGGAAUGCAGUACUGAUCCUGACGGCGCUGAGUGUGGCUGCGUACGCGACUCUUAUCGCGCUGACCGUGCGAUUGGGACCUUAUCAGUGUUUGAAGGCAAUCGAGGGAGGCGCAAGGGAGGUAUGCGAUGAGAGCCAAUGGGUGCGCAACGAGGCGAUUCUCCAUCGCUGA